GAAUUCGCAAAAUCCCUCUUCUCCCGUCGCCGCCUUCUUCAACGGUACCGGCGCUGAAAUCGCAACUCGCCGGUGAUUUUUCGUAGUCUACUCAAUAAUUGAAUUCGAUAUCCCUCCUAGAAUUGAGAUGAAGAAAUCGGAGCCCGCGGUGGCAGCUUCUACUAAAAUCACAUUCGAUGACAGUGAUGACUACGAAUCUUCCUCUGAUGAAGAGGAUGCUAUAAAACGUGAGAUUGCAGCUGAAGUAACUUUCGAGGAGCUGCAGAGGGCGAGGUCUGAUGGUUCUGAUUUGGUUUUUAGGAAGCCUAAGCCGGAGAAAAAGGGCGGUCGAGCUAAUAAGAAUAGGCCGAUGGAAAUCAGCAGCAAGAAGCCUAUUAGUAGAUUUAGAGAAGUUAUUCAAGCUCCUAAAAAGGUUAUACGGGAUCCUCGUUUUGAAUCAUUAUGCGGCAAUCUGGAUGUGGAUGGGCACAAGAAGAGAUAUAAUUUUAUUUAUGAAAAUACUCUUCCUGCAGAAAAAGAGGAACUUAAGAAACAGAUGAAGAAAACAAAAGAUCCCAAAGCCGUCGGUGAACUAAAAGACCAAUUAACUCGGAUUGAUAAAGAAUUGAAGUCAGUAGCAGUGAAGCGUACAGAGAAGGACAUUUUGGCUGAGCAUAAGAAGAAAGAGAGGGAUGCUGCGAAGAAAGGAAAACAACCUUACUAUCUGAAAAAAUCUGAAAUUCAGAAGCAAAAGCUUGCUGAGAAAUUCAAGGAGCUCAAGGAGUCGGGCAAACUGGAGUCUUUUAUCGAGAAAAAGAGACGGAGGAAUGCUGCAAAGGACCACAGAUUCAUGCCAUACCGACGCCCUACUGAGCAAGGGGACCAGUAGGUUGACGGGCAUACUACACUAUUGGGGGUUUGAGAAAAAGAAAGAUGCUGGACUUUUCUUGUUACUGUAUUUAUGAGUAGCAUCAUAACUGAAUCGGCUAAUUUUGUUGGUUUGAAAGCUUUGAUAUGCACUAAACUCAAAAUUGUGUAUGAGACUGUAGUUAUAUAAGUAAUAUAUUCGAAAACGUGGAAUUUUUAGCA